CCUUCUUCCUCCGCCGCGUUCUUACCCUCUCUCUCUAUCUCAAAUUCCGGCUUUCUCGAUUUUUUUUUUCUGUUAGAGACCAAUCUUGCUUGCUUCUGUGUGACUUCGUUUGGAAACGAAAGGCAGAACCUUUGAAAUCGUUGCGUCGAGUUUGAUCGUGGUGAGGUAGAAACAAUAACAGUUUUUCCACACUCUCUCUGAAUCAUGGCGACUCCGGCGGAUGCUCGGGCAGUCAAGUCGCUCAACAAUUCCGAGGGACGCAAGAGAUUUGUGUUCAAGACUGUCUCUCAGAGAAUCAAUGACAUUGACAUCAACGUGUUUAGGAGCCUGGAUAAGGUGAAGGCUGAGCCUUCAGAGGGAUCCUCAUUUUUUAGAGAUCGCCUCGUAGAAUGGAGGGAGCUGAAUACAGCUGAAGAUUUCAUUUUGUUUUAUGAAGAAAUGUUGCCAUUUGUUCAGACAUUACCUUUGGUAAUUUUGCAAAAAGAAAAAAUCUUCACAAAACUUGUCUCUCGAUUACAAAUGAAAGGAAGACUGUCUCUCGAACCCAUUCUCAGGUUGAUUGCUGCUUUAUCAAGAGAUCUCUUGGAAGACUUUAUUCCCUUCCUUCCACGGAUUGUGAACUCCUUUGUGACUCUCCUAAAAGCUGGUGCCGAGAAAGAGCCGGAUAUUAUUGAGCAGAUAUUCUCAUCAUGGUCUGAAAUACUGCUGAACCUGCGGAAGUAUCUCAUAUGCGACAUCGAAGGUAUUCUCAGGGAUACGGUGGAAUUGAGGUAUUACCCCAAAGACUAUAUCAAUGAAUUUAUGUCAGAGUCCAUGUCAUUUUUGUUGAGGAAUGCGCGGGAUGAGGAACUUGAAAAAGGGAUAAAAAGAGUCCUAUCCGAAGUUGCAGAUCCACCCAAAAAAGCUGGGGGAGUUGGUUUACUAUAUUAUGUUAUGAUGAGGGGUACCUGUGGAAGUCUCCAUUCAAAAGCCGAGAGAGUUUUGAGGUUCUUGCUGAAAGAUUCAACAUUAUCUCUUUGUGAUAAUUCUUCUGAAGGCCUUGGUUCAGUCGUGGAAGUUGUGAGUUCGACUUUGCAGAGAUUAUGCAAGGAUUUGGAAGCAGAAAAAUUAAGUGUUAUGUGGGAAUGCUUGAAUCAGGAAAUAAACGAAUCAAUCUUAAACAAAAACUCAGUUCAUUUAAGCCGACUGUUGAGUGUGCUUACCGCAGCGAUUAGGUUUGAGAAAGGUCUCAAGGCGUAUGAUUACCAAUCUUUGAUUCGGCUCGUGAGCCUCAUUGUGUCAACUUUUGUGCCUUCCUCUGAGACCGCUCUGGAAGGGGAUAACUUAUCUGCUGUCCUUGAUGAAGUUCUACAACUGAUAUUAUGCACAAUAAACAGAGUCAAUGAAAUGGAAACUGUUGCUUCGCAAUGGGCUCCCAUUUUUGCCUUGAAGAGUUCAAGUUUGCUGUCUUUUUUGCGCGAGCUGAUACAGAAGGAUCAAGCAGUAGUGAAAGCUUUUACAAAUAAUAUAUUAAGUGCAAUCAACAAUAUGAUUUGGGAGUCUUCUGAGGAAGUUCUUCCUCUGUUACUAACGUUGUGUGAAAAACAACAAACAAGUCACGAUAGGGCGAACAUUGUAGUUCAAACAUUUGAGUGUGGAUUUGAGAGAAUUCAUGAGUUUUUGGAAGAAAAUUUCAAGAAGGUUCGACAGAAUAUAGAGAAUACUGGAGCAUCUCAGAUUGAUGAGGCCGAGUUGGCUGCCGUUUGGGGAGUUGUCAUAUGUUAUCCUUAUUUUAAAGUGGAUUCAUCAUUAUUGAUUAGCUUCAAGAAAACUCUCCGACAGCAUUUGGCCAUGUGGGAUGCCGACACUUUUAGUGCCCCAGAACUGAUGUGGCAGAGCUUACUUGGUGCUGCUUUGAGGUCAUGCUAUAAACUGCAGAGAAGAAUCAACAAAAGUGAUCUAGAGGAAGCUUUGUCUUUUGCUAAAGAUUACAAGUCAUGUGUACAAGUGUUGUCUCCCGUGGCCGAUUUUUUGGAUUUAAUGCACGGGUCUGCAUUAGGUCAUGAUGACAGGUCUAAGGCAUAUCCAGAACUUCAAGCAAAAAAUGCUAAAGAUGCGUUCGACAAAUUUUCGGAAAAUUUGCGUCACCCAAACAAAAACAUCCGUCUUAUGACUCUGAGGAUUUUGUGCCAUUUUGAAACUUUGUCGUCUGACCCUUCUUUUGAAGAGCAUCCUAAGAAGAAUAUGAAAACUAAUGAGACUAAUAAAUCUCCUCCUAAACGGAAUGUUCUUCAGUCAUUACGCACAGUCGAAGAGACUGCUCCCACAUUGGAUACGGAGCAGAGGUUGGUCAGUGAGAUUUCUAAAAUAAAAAAAGAUCUCACUGCUGGCAGGAUACAUGCGGCAUAUGUGCAGCUAGUAUUGAAUGGGAUGAUUGGACUAUUUCAUAUUGGAUAUGGUGAGUUGUGGGUUCCAGCAUCUGAGUGUCUUGCGGUUCUUCUGAGGAAUCACACGGGAGCUGUGUGGAGUGAUUUUGUUUGUUAUUUGGACCAGUGGCAACUAAAAUUUGAAAUACCCCACAAUCAUAGUGAGAAUGCGAACCACAUCAUGUCAGAUAGGCAUACUGAUCUCAUUGGCCGUUUUAGUUCAUUUCUCUUUCCGGCGGCUGAUAGCACACCUACCGCUGCGGAAGUAUCUACUGCUGGGGUAGUAUCUCGAUUGCUCCAGACCUUACAAAAAGUUCCCACUGUUGCUCAGUCCCAUGCUUCUGAAAUUCUCCCUUUGUUAUUGAAAUUUCUGGGAUAUAAUAGUGAGAACCCAAUGAGUGUCGGAUUAUUUAAUGCCCAAGUUUGCAAAGGAGAGGAUUGGAAGAAAGUUCUUAUACAGUGGUUGACUCUGCUGAAAUUGAUGAAGAAUCCUAGAUCGUUUCGUUUUAGCCAAUUCCUAAACGUCGUUCUACAGAAUAGGUUCCUGGACGAUAAUGAUAGUGAAAUACAAACCAUUGUCCUAGAGUGCCUUUUGUUGUCGAACGACUUCUUACUCCCACACCGCGAGCAUUUGUUGAAAUUGAUCAAACCAGAGGAAUUGAGAGAAGAACUCACAACCUGGAACUUGUCCGAAGACAUUGAAGAAGCUCACCGAUCUCAUCUUUUUUCUCUUGUAAUUCGCAUACUUAUGCCAAAAGUUAGGACAUUAAAGAAUUUGGCUUCACGGAAGCAUACAAGUAUUCGUCACCGGAAGGCAGUUCUUUGCUUUAUAUCUCAGCUGGAUGUUAAUGAACUUGCCCUGUUCUUUGCACUGUUGAUAAAGCCUUUGAACAUCAUAUCAGAGGAAACAAUGGACUUGUUCUGGAGUUCAGGCAAAAGUUCUCUGGAUUAUUUCCAAAAGUCGAAUUUCCUUAAACAUUUCACUAUUGAUACUAUUUCAAUACUAUCCAGGAAUCAGAAAUCUGGGUUUCUUCAUGUCAUCCAGCAUAUCCUUGAAGUCUUUGAUGAACUCCGUGUUCGACCUUUUCUAGACUUUUUGAUGGGAUGUGUUGUCCGGCUAUUGGUAAACUAUUCUCCAAAUAUUGAUGAAGAAAGGAACAUUGAAUCAGUGGCACUAAGAAAUGCCUCCACCGCACCAUCAACUCCAGAUGAUAAAGAGAAUGCUUCCAUAAAUCAUGACCAGGCUUUGAAACAGUUUAAAGAGUUGAGAUCCUUAUGUCUGAAAAUUAUUGCUUAUGUUCUUGAUAAAUACGAGGAUUGUGAUCUUGGCUCCGAGUUCUGGGACCUCCUCUUUUCGGCAAUGAGUCCGUUAAUUAAGAGUUUCAAGCAGGAGGGUUCUAGUAGUGAGAAACCAAGUUCCUUGUUCUCAUGCUUCUUGUCAAUGAGUAGAAGUCGCAAUCUCGUGACCCUCUUAUGUCGGGAAGAGUCUCUUGUUUCAGACAUUUUCUCAAUUCUUACUGUCACCACAGCUUCAGAAGCUAUAAAAUCUUCUGCGUUGAAGUUCAUAGAGAAUCUGCUUUGUCUUGACAAUGAGUUGGAUGAGGAUGACAGUAUGAUCAAAGGAUUCUUAGAUCCGUACAUAGAAGCACUGAUUAACAGCUUGCAUUCUCUUUUCAUUGGGGAUAAUUUGAAAAGGAAAUCAGUCAAGUAUCAUGGGGAACGAGAGAUUAAGAUUCUUAAAUUAUUGUCGAAGCACAUGCGAGAUCGCUCUCAUGUUAUGAAGUAUUUGGAUGUUUUGCUUUCUUUCUUGGAUAAAAGUGUGAAAGAUUCUGAUAUCCGUCGUGAGGCUUUGCUAGCCAUUCAGGACAUAAUAUCAUUGCUUGGGACUGAGAGUGCCACCAAAGUUAUAAAUAAAGUCUCUCCUCUACUAGUUGACGCUGAACUUGACGUUAGAUUAUGCAUUUGUGAUAUUCUUGAAUCUCUUGCAAAAGUCGACUUUUCUAUCGAUGAUGUGGCAAAGCGUGUCCGCGAUAUGAACGCCAUCUCAGCCAUGGAAGUUGAUGACCUUGACUAUGAAAAGAUAGUUAAUGCUUAUCUGGAUAUCAAUGCGGAUUUCUUUAAGAAAUCCUCGGAGCAGCACACCAUAAUCAUACUCUCACAAAGUAUAUACAACAUAUCAUCAGAAUCAAUUAUGUUAAGGGGAAGCGCACAGAAGCUCUUGUCUUCCUUCAUUGAUUUUUCAGCCUCAAUACUUUGCCAAGAGGCUUCAGCUCACUCUGGCUUCGGCAAAGGGGUCAAAAUAGCUGAUGCAAGCUGGACAAGAGAUCGUAUACUGCGAAUUUUGAGAGACUUUAUUUUGAAACACAUUGGUGAUGCAAUAAGCAGAGGAGGCAUUAUAAUAAAGGAGUGGAUUCUUUUGAUACGUGAAAUGGUUACAAAACUCCCAGAUGCCGGAAAUCUUGCUGCAUUCAGACCUUUAUGCUCUGAAGAUGAGAAUGUAGAUUUUUUUAAAGCCAUCGUUCACAUUCAGGCACACCGUAGAGCAAGGGCAAUUUCACGUUUCGCAAAUGUGGUCAAAGAUUGCAGUCUGCCUGAGGGAGUAGUGAGAAAACUUUUGGUCUCGCUCUUUUUCAACAUUUUGCUCGAUGGGCAAGAUGGAAAAGAUAAUAAUGUCCGGAAUGCAUGCACAGAGGCCCUUGCUUCUGUAUCUGCACAUAUGAGUUGGAAGUCGUACUCUGCUCUAUUGAAUCGGUGUUUCCGUGAGAUGAACAAGCAUACCAAAAAGGGAAAACUUCUGCUGCGGCUUAUUUGCUUAAUUUUGGAUAAAUUUCAUUUUACAGAAGAUGGUUACACGCAGGAGGUUGAGGAGUACCUUCAGAAAACUAGGGAGAAGAUGCAGAAGCUGAUGAAUUCUGAUUCGGAUAAUGUUAAUGUUAAAAGCAGGGUGGCUGCGCUGAAGGUUCUAAAGCUGCUCCCUGGAGAUGUGAUGCACUCAAAUCUGCCCUCUAUAAUUAAGAAAAUUGCCACCUUUUUGAAAAACCGGUUGGAGAGUACACGUGAUGAAGCGAGAUUGGCUCUUGUUGCUUGUUUGAAGGAACUGGGGCUGGAGUACAUGCAAGUUGUAAUCAGAAGCUUACGUGAUAUCUUAAAACGAGGAUCUGAAUUGCAUGUGCUGGGGUACACUGUCAAUUUUAUCUUAUCGAAGUGCCUGUCCAAUCCUACGUGUGGGAAGUUAGAUCAUUGUUUGGAUGAUCUCCUAGCUGUGGUGGAAGCUGAUAUCUUUGGAGAGGUUGCUGAACAGAAAGAUGUGGAAAAAUUCGCUUUCAAAAUGAAAGAAACAAGAUCACGCAAGUCAUUUGAGACUCUGAAAUUGAUUGCUGAAAAUGUAACGUUCAAAAGCCAGGCGUUGAAACUACUUUCUCCAGUCACUGCUCAGUGGAAGCGGCAUCUAACUCCAAAGAUAAAAUCAAAUCUGGAGAACAUGCUAAAACAUAUUGCAGCUGGUAUUGAAAGCAAUCCAUCUGUUGACCAAGGAGACCUUUUUGUUUUUAUAUAUGGCCGUGUUGAUGAUGGUAUUAACAACAGGAGUGGUCUUUUAGAUCAAGGGUCUUCUCCACCAUCUAAAACGAAAAGGAAAUCAAGAGAUCUACAAGAGACGGCUGGGUUUGUUUCUGGUACUAAGUCAUGUCCACAUCUUAUAACCGUCUUUGCUCUGGACUUAUUGCAUAACAGAAUGAAGAAAAUUAAACGCGACAACGCUUAUAAAGAGUUGUCGAAGUUAGAUCCAUUUGUCAAACUACUUACUGGAUGCUUGAGUUCUAAGUAUGAAGAUAUUGUAUCUUCAGCUCUUAGGUGUUUCACUUCUUUCAUAAGGUUUCCACUGCCUUCCCUCAUGUCUGAAGCAGAUGAAGUGAAAACAGCAUUGUUAACCAUUUCUCAGUCUGCAGUGAAUUCCAGCAGUCCUCUUGUGCAGUCAUGCCUUAAGCUGUUGACAUCACUUCUCGGCAAUCAAAGUAUAACUUUAUCAUCGGAGCAGUUGAAAUUGGUGAUUCAGUUUCCCAUGUUUGUUGAUCUGGAGUCCGAUCCAUCCUUUGUUGCUUUUUCACUCCUCGAGGCCAUCGUGAAACGGAAGCUUGUGGUUCCAGAAAUUUAUGACAUCGCAAAUCAGGUUUCAGAGUUGUUGGUAAAAAGUCAGCUGGAAUCAAUCCGCAAUAAGUGUAAACAGAUACUGUUGCAGUUUUUGCUCCACUAUCCACUUUCUGAGAAACGUUUAGAGCAACAUGUGAAAUCUCUGCUGGAGAAUCUGAGGUAUGAACAUCCAACAGGAAGAGAAGCAGUGCUUGACAUGCUUCAUGCGCUUAUUUUGAAAUUUUCAGAACCAAAUCUCGGCAAGCAGUCAGUUCUUGACCAGCAGUCGGGAAACCUGUUUGUUCAGCUUUCUGUUUGUUUGGCCAAUGAUUUAAAUAAAGAAGUGCGGUCCCGGUGUGGUGAUGUGUUAAAACUUCUGAUAGGGCGCAUCGGUAAAGAUCAAGUUGAUUCCUUUCUCUCGUAUUGUCUAUGUUGGUAUCAGCAGCAGAACUUAGGGGCUGCCGCAGCACAGGUGUUGGGAUUUAUUAUUGACGCCAUGAAGAAAACAUUUCGGAAGCAUAUCGACAUUACAUUGCAGGGUGCCAAAACGAUUUUGGAGUCUGCUGUCAGUGCGUCCUGCAUGCAGUUGCAAGAUACUGUUGAAGAAGCCAGUAUUCCUUUCUGGAAGGAACCAUACUACUCACUGGUUAUGAUAGAGAAGCUGCUCAAACAAUUUCCUGAUUUAAAAUUCGGAAAAGAUUUAGAGGAUAUUUGGAAUAUGGUAUUUAAGUUCUUGCUGCACCCACACUCAUGGUUGCGAAGUAUAUCCUGCCGGCUCCUAAAUUAUUAUUUUGAGGCCUUGGCUAUGAGGAAAAGAGCAGAAUCUCAGACAUUAGUAGCUAAUUCUCUUCUUGAGAACCCAAGUAGCCUGUUCUGGGUUUCUGUUUCUCUUUGCUUCCAGUUAUCUCUUUGCUCCAAGUCAAAGGAGCAAUCCAUCAAAGACAACGUUGAUGUCGAUCUCCUCACAGCAAAUAUUGUUUUUGCAAUCUCUAGUCUUCAUUCUCUAAUUGGAAAAAUUUGUCAAACAACCCACAAUGGAUUCUGGUCCAGUCUUGGCAAGGAUGAGCAAGUGGUGUUCUUCAAAGCCUUCGAAGUGCUUGAUUCAGGGAAAGGAAAGUCUACUUUUCUUGCUCUUACCUCAGGCAAACGUCCUGAGAAUGGUGAAGAUGAUGCCAAUGAUGUAAGAAAUGUAUUGAUCGGAAGUUUGCUCAAAAGAAUGGGGAAGCUUGCUCUUGUUAGAGAGUCUGUUGAGACGAGAGUUGUGUUCAAUGUCUACAAGGCAUUUACCUCACGAUUGAAUCAAGAAGAGUGUCGUUUAUAUGCCUUCAAAAUUCUGCUUCCUUUGUACAAAGUUUGCGAAGGUUUUGCCGGAACAAUUAUCUCAGCUGAGUUGAAACAACUAGCAGAAGAGGUACGAGACAGUAUAAGAGACAAGACUUUAGGCAACCAAAUCUUUGUGGAAGUUUACAAUGAAAUAAGGAUAAGUUUGAAAACGAAAAGGGAGAAGAGAAAGAAAGAAGUGAAGGUAAUGGCAGUGGUAAAUCCGGAGAGAAAUGCCAAGAGGAAAUUGAGGUUAGCUUCGAAGAAUAAAGCAAACAAGAAAAGGAGAAUGACGAGCAUGAAAUUGUCGAGAUGGGCAUGCUCUUGAAACCUUUAGUUUAUGUAAUCCAGCCAUUUUUGUCACGCUUAUAGAAACCAUAGUGAAAUCACUUUUUGAGUCUUGUGUUUCAAUUAGAAUAGUCUAGUGAUAUAUCUCAAGCAUUUAUGACCCAUUCUAUGUCGAAGACUUCUGUUCAAAAGAA